AUGGGUGACCGGCCACUUACAAUAAUCCUCCCUGAGGCUCUGAAAGCUGAACGACCAGUUCCUCCAGCACCCACGCCAGUCUUCGCGCCUAAGGAGUCUCAGAGCCAAAUCAACCAUAAACUUACUAAGGGGCAAAAGCAACGGGAGAAGCAAGAUAAAUCUAAGAAUGCCCUGCUGCACCGUGCACAAGACGUUCACCAGAGGCGCUCUCAAAGCGAGGGCCACGCAGCUCAAUCGCUUGGUGCCCGGAUAGGGUCACCCUGGGACACUCUGAAAGAUCUUUUUACCUGUGACCUUGCAGGUCCAGUGUCUAUUGCAGUCCAUAACAAGCACCCUUCAAAGAUAAUCGCUGUCCGUGCAUUCAACAAGGAAAAAGCAGCUAUAUGGCUUCGGGUACUCCAGCAGACCCAACACCCCAAUGUCAUCGCUGCCAGGGAAAUCUUCAAGGAUCACGGCACGACAUACUUUAUUGUUGAUGACUUGCCUCUAACGUUGGAACACCUGGUCGCCUGUGAUAUUUUCCCAUCCGAACUUCAGCUGGCUUCUGUACUGGCCCAGGUACUUGAUGGACUCUCGCACUUACAGGAGAAGGGCUUUGAACAUCAAUGCCUGAAGUGCUCCAAUAUCCUGUUGGGGCAAAAUGGGGUCAUUCAAAUUGCCGCUUUGGAACACUGCGUCGAGCGCCAGCCUAACCAAUCUCAGACCCAGACUCUCCGAGCUUUGGCUGAUAUCACGAUGUAUCUUAUGCAGAAGUAUCUGAAGCCUGAUGGGGUAAUUGGCAUCGACAGAACACAUUGGCAGUCAGACCCCCUAGAGUUCCUGUCAGCUACGGCAUCGGUCGCGACAAUCCAAGAUUUACGAGAGCAUCCCCUAAUUACCAAGCACCACUGGUCUGCUGGGACGUUAAUCGGGCUUGCCCGGCUUUGCCUCAUCACCACCCGUACUUUCAUAACGAAACCAUGGUUCCAAAACCAUUCAUGA